AUGUCUUUUUCCACAAUAUCUCUACACAAGAUUUUAUCUAGUUUUGUCACCAAGGACAAGUCUGUUUCUUAUAUUUCUUGCAUGAUUCAAGUCUACAUGUUCGGAUCUUUGACAGGUCAUGAACUCUUCAUAUUGGCAGCUAUGAGCUACGAUCGAUAUCUGGCCAUAUGUAACCCUUUACGGUAUCACAUGGUUAUGAACCCUAAAACUUGUAGCCUAUUGGCUUCAUCCUGCUGGGUGUGGGGAUUUUUACAAGUCAUUCCACCAUUUGCAAUUCUCUGUAGCUUCUCUUGUUAUUUUUCCAUUGAAAUCAACCACUUUUUCUGUGACAUUGUUGCACUGAUGAGAAUUUCCUGUGAUGACACUUCUUUCUUAGAGAAGUUGUUCUUUAUAGAAGCAUUGUUAGUUUGUAACCUGACCCCAUUCCUUCUUACUUUUAUUCCCUACAUUUUUAUACUUAACACUAUAUUGAAGAUACAGGGUGGUAUUGGAAGACGUAAGGCCUUCUACACGUGUUCCUCUCAUCUUACAGCUGUCAUUUUGCUCUAUACAACUCUUUUUGUACAAUAUCUGACACCAAACCUAAGAAGCAUUGUGGAAUCUAGAAAAUAUUUAGCUCUUUUUAACAUGGCCGUGGUCCCAUUGUUAAAUCCACUGAUCUAUAGCUUGAAAAAUAAAGAUGUGAAAAAGGCUUUCAGAUGGAGUUUGGGGCAGGUGAAAAGGACAGAGCUCAGGUUACAUGUCUGA